CGAAUCUGUCCCCCACGCCUCAUACCCUUCAUGAACCCCCUCUUGCUACAGCUUGAAGGACAGGAAUAUACCCCUUCUCAAAGAUGAUCUGAAGAAAGAGGCGAAGGGUGUAAUCCAUCUGUGCGCUCCGGCUCCGCGGGCCCUUGAAGACCGGCAAACCAAUUCGCGGCGAGGUUGGCGUCGGAAUCACGCGAGGAAUCGACCGGCUCUUCAACACGGAAACUUGGGCAGGGCCUUCAUGUGACCAGCUUCACGUGUGGAUUUGCAAUAGCGAUUGGCCCAUCAUGCAAGCCGAUGCAGAGGCAGGGCCGUCCUCGACGCGAAGGGUCGCGUCUCCCGUUCACGAGCACCCUUUGAAUGGCGUACCUGGCAUGCACAGCCUGCCUAAUGGUAGUCCCAGUCGUAAGGGAAAGCGCAAGGCCGAUUCGCUGGCAGCGACAAUGGCUGGGGCAACUGCAAAUUGCAAUGGAAUUUGCGCCACGCCAGCGGCUCAGACUCUGUUAGCCAAGCAGGCACCUCAUCUGUAUGAGUCUCUUAAUGACCAUAACGCAGGAGAAACGCCUUUGACAUCCUCAGCGCCGUCGCCAGCCCGCUCAGAUGCGACGACUCCGUCUGUCCUCACGGAGGAUCAGGAUGUAUCCGACCGGCAAGAAGGACAUGGCGCGAAUGCAGCAGAAGGCAAGGUCAGACGAGCCAAUGGAUUCCUGACUCCGCCGAUUCCACCGAUAUCCUCGCGACAUAAGGUCCCACCAGACUUCCGAGGUCCGGUCCCGAAGGUCGGCGAUCCGGAAGACUUUCACCCUGUUCCGAGCGUUCCUCUUCUCCCCGGCAGCGAGACCCUCGGGACACUUCCCUUGAUGUUCCCCACCAAUCGCAGUGGGUGGCGUUACGAUGCAGCGGCUCCAGCGUCGGACCGUUUACCAGAGUCGGUCUACAAGACUAUCGAUAUUCUGCCAAGGGGAGUCCACUGGUCCUGGCAGGACCGAAGCCAGUGGUGCUACAUCAACAGCGACGCCUCCAUCGUCUGUGCAGACAAAGGCUUCCGAUCCGCGCGCAGCAACAUCGGCGUGCGUGAAGGCUGCUGGUUUGCCGAGAUCGAGGUGCUCGAGCCUGAAAAAAUCGAUCGCGGACCGAACGACAUCUCCUGCAAAAUGAAGGAUGGGCCGCACGUGCGGGUGGGAUGGGGCCGACGAGAGGCCCCUUUGAAUGCACCAGUUGGUGUCGAUGGGUACUCGUAUGGCUUCCGUGACACGACAGGGGAUCGGGUCAGCAUUGCGAGACCGAUUCCGUAUGGAAGGCCAUACGGCGCCGGAGAUGUCAUUGGGAUCUACAUCAAGCUCCCCCCACUUCGCAAACCGAAUCCAGAAGACCCAUUGGAUCCGGCAAACAUUCGGCGCAAGCGCGUCCCGAUCCGGUACAAGGGAAACCUCUAUUUUGAAAGUCUCGAGUAUGCUCCGACCAAGGAGAUGGCAAAUCUGAUGGACGACAGUAGACGUGGAAUCCGGAAGCUCGAUGCAAAUGGCAAUAUCAGCGUCGUACAGCCUUCAGAUGAUGAGGUGGCAGCAGCGCGAAAACGACGAUUAGCCCCAGGACAGGUCGAUCCGGAAGCUAUCAAGCGGGAAAAGCUGUUGGCAUCUCUUAGACCUCUGCCGACACUCGAAGGCAGCGAAAUUGGCUUCUUCGUCAACGGGCAAUCUCAGGGAGUCGCAUUUCAAAACCUCUUUGACUACCGGCCUCUUCGCAAGUCCGAAAAGGCAGAUGAUGAAAAGAAUGCGAAGCAGCGCAAUCGCAACAACAAUCGAACUGUCGGGCUUGCCGUUGAUGGGGAGGACGCAGAGAUCACGAGCAGCGCAAGCGCCAAAGCCUUGCUCAAGAGCCGCGAGAACCAUUUCGACGAUGGUUCAACGGGAUACUUCCCCUUCGUCUCCCUCUUUGGAGGUGCUCGAGUGCGAAUCAACCCUGGACCAGAUUUCAAGUAUCCUCCUCCUAAUGACAUCUCCGCCAGCCUUCGUCGGGCGCUAGACAGGGAUGGCGAUCCGCCUCUGGAGGCGCAAUCGGUGUCUGGAACUCGCACAUGGCGUCCGCUCUGCGAGCGGUACGACGAGUGGCUGAAGGAGCAAUGGCAGCUCGACUUGGAAGACGAGAAGCGCGAAGCGGAGAGCGCUGCUAAGCGCAGGGUGCAGCUUGCCAAAUUCCUCGCCAAGAACCCAGAGCUGGUCUUGCUGCCGAGUGGGCUCAUUGCCCCCAGACGGCAAGGUUCAGCAUCGCCAGCACCUGACGAGCUCGCCAAAGCGCCUACGAGGAGGACCACCAAGCCUCUCGCUAUGCUUCGGAAGAAGUCCAAAGCGAAGGCUAGUUCCAAUAAAUCAGCUCAGGACGUUGCCCAAGCGAGGUCGCCCAGCGAUCCUGCAAGGUUAUCUCCGUUGCCCAACAGACACGCAAAUGGCGAUAAAGCAUCCGCUACCGGCACGGAGGAGCCCGCAGGGAAAGCUGAAGAUCCGAUAUUUGAAGACGACUUUCCUUUAGCGCAAAAUCCAGCGCGUGAACCACGCACGUCUUCCGGCCCGCCGGAAGUCCAGUCAGAGGCAGAGGCUCAGCCGGAGAAUCAGCCAGAGAUUCAACAGGCUGUUCAGCAUUCCUCACCUGAUGACAGCCACGACACCUCCAUUGAUCCGGGCGACGCGAUGGAUGUGGAUCGCACCAGCGAUCAGAUUAUGCACGGCGGCAAAGGCAGGCUCGACACACCUACGACUUCUCGCACUGCGUCUGAGGAUGCCAUGGUCAACCAUAUGCACGAUAGUGCAGUCACAUCAACCCCGUCAAAGCUGUACCGCCCAACCAGUGGGAUCUAUACACCACCUGAGAGACCAACAUUGAAACCUGAGGAGCAAGCAGUGGCGAUGAAAAGAGGGUUUUAUCUUCCCCCGCAGCAUUCUCAUUGUGUCGAUGGAGAGCAACAGCAGCAGCUCCAGGCCCAGCAAUAUCACCAGCAGCAACAGCAGAAGCAGCCGCAGCCAUAUCAUCAGCAGCAUUAUCUUCUGACCGCUGAUCAUGAGCAAUCUCAACAAUAUCAUCAUCAUCUCCAUCAGCAGCAGCUACAGCCUGAGCAGGUGAAUCCAGCGCAACUGUCCCCGCCUUUGCAGCAAAAGGCAAGGUAUGGGCACUUUCAAGAGUAUCAACAUCCUCACCAACAUCACCAUCCGAUGAUCGCCCAUACUCGCCCUACUUCUCCGUGUGCUUCGCAGGCGUACCAUCCUCCGGAACCAGGCCAAGGGCACGGACUUGGGGAGAACGGCGCAUUUGGCGUGAAUUGCAUGCUGAACGGGGUGUGGCAUCAAAAUGAUGCAAUCCAUUUGGUCGGUCCUCCCAAUCUCUUCGAUAGCCGCCUGCGGGUGUGGGAGUAGGAUGCUUUACCGGGUGGAUGGCGAUAUACAUUGCACUGUACACAAAGUCUCAAAAUGCAUGCAGUA